AUGCCACUUUUCAACCGUCACCAAGAAGAACCCGAACCAGAACCAGUAGUAGAAGAACCACCCAAACGCAGCUCCUCCAUCUUCCACCGUAACCGUCCAGAAUCCAUAUCCCCUUCCGAACGCAGCACAUCUACCGUCUCCACCUCCCCAUCUCAAAACAGCACUCGCCAUCGAGGAUUCCUGCACAAAAAUCAGCAAGCGCAGGAUCCGGUGAUUGCAGCUGCUGAACAGAGAAUUAUUAAUGCCGAACAGAUGGAGAGGGAGGCUGAUAGGGCGUUGAUUAAUGCUAGGGAGGCGGUUAGGGAGGCGAGAGAACAUAUGAGACAGCUUAAGUUAGAGAUGGAGGCUCAGGCAAAAGCCUUGAAGGUUCGACAAGGACAGGCGAAUAAUAUUUACAAGAGGGCUAAGCCGCUUGGUCGUCAUGAAGUCUAG